AGCGCCUGCUGCUUCGCGUCCCCAGGGGGGUGUAGCCCGUCGGACGGCCAUGCAUGGGCCCGACAAUCGUGCGGAGCGGCCAGCAGCCAGCGUCGUGGUGCUACGAUUCUCCGGCGUCAUUCCGCAGUUCGUCCUGCGCCUGGCUAGCAGCAACUGGCCACACGAUCAUCGGCGGGCCGUCGUCGGUUGUUAGGUGGUAGGCGGACAGCAGCGGUUGCAGGAGGCUUCCACCUGCAGAGGCCGCCACCUCCGUGGGUGCUGUUGCAGCUUUGCCCCCUUCGCCAUGGCGACGGACAACGGAAUCUCCUCCAAUGGACUCGUGUCGCAUCCAUUGGCGGAGCCACUGCACAGCCUGCCGAGUAGCAGGAAAGGCAGCGGGGAAGAAGACGUGACUGCUUCGGACAGUGCAGGGUCACCCUGCGGACCUUCGGUUAUUCCAGCGGCCUGCCAGAGCUCUAGUCCGAACGGUGACUCGCAUGACCACGGAAACACCGCCAUCGAGUUUGCAGAUGAUGGCAAGAUUGCAGUGGUUCCGAGCUGCGAUGACUUGCGCAGCUCGGGAGCUUCAGACAUUCCACGCAAGUCAGCCGAAUCUAGCCCAGUCAAACAGUCUCCUAAAAGCGCAACCCCUGCCGCGAGUCCAGGCUCGCCCACUUCAUCAACGCUUCAGGAACUUAGUUCCGGAUUACACGAUCCAGAAGGCUGUGCAACGACAACACUUGAAUCACCAACGCGGGAGGAGAGGAGUGUUGCCAGUUGAUGUGGUAGACUGUGCCUUGAGGCCCAUCCUGGAGCGGCCUGCGGAGUCAUCAGUGACAUCGUCGUUGAGCAAUGGCUUUCUUCAUCACGCCGAUGCCACUGCCGUCUUGGAAGUUGAGAGCGCCACUGGUCCUGAAACUCCAUGUAGGAACAGCAUUUUUCGAACCGCUUCAGAACGGGAAGUUACCAGAGCAGCUUGCAAGUGCAGGCUCCCCUACUCACUCCGGCGAUGCGAAAUCAUUCGACGUGCACCCAGCGACUACUCCCCCAGAGUCGCCGACAGAAAGCGGCCAACCGUGCUGCAACGGCAGGGAGGAAGUGCGGACGCUAGUUGCUAGCCAGGCUGUUGUCGGGAGUAGUCCAACGGCUCGGGGUAGUGUGGCAUCAUCCAACACUGUGUCGGGGACCGCGGGUAAGAAGCACUGUGUUCCCAACGGGGACGUGGGCUCAAGGUGUGUCCGAGACAGUGCCGGCGUCGGCGGUGACAAGACUGUGCUUUCGACGGCACCCGCGCUUCCGGAAGGCAGGAGGCGCAGCGCUUCGGACGGCGCGGUUCAGGAGAACGGCUGGGCACGAAGGGGUCGGUCUAGCCAUUCCGAGUGCAACGGUAUCGACCGGCGCACGAUCGUGCUGAGCAGCAGCAGCGGGAGCAGCAGUGGCUCCACUGAGGGGCCCGACAGUCCCCUGCCCGGAGAGGUCCUUGGCUCUGGGGUCCGGUGGAGUGGUGGGGGCCGCAGUGUCUCGGAGGUCAAGGAGCUGGCCUAUGCACGCCUGCAGGCGGAGUUGUCACGCGCGCAGCAGGAGCUACGCCUCCGCGACGAGGAAGUUGCCCGGCUGAGCCAGAUUCGAGACCAGGUGGGCGCCGAGCUCGAGGAGCUCACCGCCAGCCUGUUUGAGGAAGCAAACAACAUGGUGCGGGAGGCCAACAUGAAGCAGGCAGCAGCCGAGAAGCGUCUCCAGGAAGCUACUCUGAAAGUGGAAGUGCUGCAAGCGGAGGUGAGCGCCCUCAAGGCUCUCGUGCUCACCUCGACGCCCAGCCGGCCCAACGCACACCUGCACCCGCAGCUCAGUCGGCACCGGCAUCGACGGUCACCUUCCAACUACGAGCUGGCCACUUGUCGACCGCCUUCCCCUCCCAGCCAGCAGGUGUCCCAACAGCAACAGCAGCAGUCCCAGUCGGGUCAGCCGGGCAGUGACGGAGCAAGCCCUGACCUCUCAGAGGUUGAUCCAGUUUGCCACCGGGAGUUCCUUCGAUGGCAGGAGAAGCCAAGCGUGUCAGACCGGGAAGACCUGUUUGUGUCGCGGUUGUAUCGGGAGGACGUGCUGCCGUGCCUCCACUUCCCGAACUGUCAGCUGGCUGCGCAGGUGCUGCGUGCCAUUGAGGAGAACAGCAUCACCAUCGAGGCAGUCAACGCGGCAAACCCCUUUCCCCGGCGCUGCUCUCUGUUGGAGGCGUCACGUGUUUGCCAGUACCGUAUGCGGCUGGGUGACUCUGGCUCAGCCUGGUACCACAUCUCGCAGCUGUGCCGAAACCGGAUAACAUCAGUGUGCGACCUCUUCUGUUAUCUGCGUUACAUACAACAGGGCCUCGUUCGCAGCAGCUCACAAGAGAUGUACUGGGAGGUGAUGAGACGGAGGCGCUCCAUUGCACUGGCACGCCUGGGUCUGCCACCUUGCUGAGACAGCGGCACAGCUACGCCUCUCGAGUGCUGUACAUAGGACCAGUUUUUAGAGACUCCUGCAAACCCUACACAGCGUGUGUGCUUGUCCCGUGUGCUGCGCGUGGCGCCCCCUUCGCCAACUCCCAAGUGUUUCCGCAGGCAGCAGACAGGCUCAGCGUUUUUCUCCUCGGCUCGCCUGCGCGCGUGCUCAGUGUGUAUCUGUUUACGUGUACAUAUAUGGACGUAUGUGUCUUGCGUACGUGCACGUAUUGUGUAUAUCCGGUGUGCGUGUAUUAUGCAUGUGCGUCAUGUAUUUCGCGGGAUUAUGUGUCUUAUGAUGCAGGUGCGCACAUGUAAAUGUGCUGCUGAUAGAUUACACUUAACCAUGGCCAUCUUUAACGAGACAGAUUCACUGCACCAAUGUUGUGGCGAUGUUUUGUCAGAACCAUAGGCUGGCUGUGUAUAAAAAAUACGAAAUAAGGAAGCACGAAGCGUAUAAGACGUGACGAAAAAGUAUCAGGUGUGUGUACAUCCUGGUGCUGUUUAUUUUUAACUAAUUUAAUCUUGGAUACCGUUUCGGUGACCCAAUUUCUGUGCACGCACACGAUGUGUAACCGUGUGGCGAGAACGUAGGUUAUUGUGCGAAUUUCAAGUGACAACUGCGGUUAGUGUUAUAUUCUCCACUAUGCUGCUUUGUAAUGUUUACGUGUUCAAGCGAGUUCACACAACCCAUGUAUAUGAUGGACUGGAUAUUCAGGAAAAGGCCACACAGUUCCAACACAAAACUCUCUGUGAUGAACACGAACAUUCAAAUUUCCUGCAUCUGAUGGUGUUUAUAGAAGUGAAUAAAGUACCGAAGAACUCUCACUCCAGCUUUUCUUGUGCAUCUAGAUUUCAGAUAUAAGCAUGCAAUUUUUUAAGGACACUGGACUAGACAUAAUGCACCUUAUCUCGCAGAAGUGUCCCUAAAUGUGGUUCUUCAAGAAUAUACGUCCAGUGUUCACAGCUUGGUACGGAUGUUUAGCCACGACGUUUUACAUUUCUCUUUGCUUUCCCUUGUGACCAACAAUAAUUUUCAUGGCAGGUUAUGCAUUGCUGUUGGGUGCAGUUUUCUGGAUCCUGAAAAGAAGUGAAGUUACAACCUGGGGUUGGUAAAACGCUGAAUUCAGGCAUAACCUCGCUUAGUGAGUUGCGAUACGUUGGUGGUGGCAGUAGUGAUUAGAGAAAUAUUUUUGCAGAGUCAUUAUUUACACCAUUUUAAGAGAGCACGAAUUAGGCAUUUUAGAGGUUUAUUAUUUACAUAAUUUUAUACCACGUUUCUUAGGAAAUGAAGGAAUGGCUCACUUUCAUUAUUUUUUUGCCCUGCUUUUGUUCUGGCGCUUUACAGUCAAACACGACAUCUGGAGCAGGUUUUAUUCUGAUGUUCAUUGAUUUGCCUUUGAGAGAGGUACACUGUACGUGCAACGUUUUUUACAUGAUGUAUAUUGCACAUCAAGCUCAUCACACCAAUGA